GAACCAAUUCAAUUCACUAAAUUAAAUUGCUUUCUGUCGUUCAGUUUGAUUCGGUAAAAAAAAUCAAACCGAAGCUGAACUAUGCACAUCCCUACGUGAGACAGUCUUAGUAGUUUAUAGAUAAAUCAACAAUGAUAAAAAAUUAGAGAAGGAGAAUGUUAAAUAUAGAGUGAAGAAGGAAUACAUAUUAAUUUGUCUAUAAACAGCUUACAAGUUAAUCGUCUCACGUUACGUUAAAUGAUACAUUGAGCGAAUUCUUUUCCAAAUAAAAUAGAUUUAAACACAAUUUAUGUGUAACGCUCGAAGUCGAAGAAGUAUUGUAUCAUGAACUUUAUAAGGGUGAAAAAAUAGUGCCUCGUUAAAUACUCAACAACAUGAAUUAACACUGCGAGUUUUGGUUGCCAAGAGUAGUUACUGAAGCAAUUGAAGGCAUUGAAUACCAAACAUUAACUACUGAGAGUUUUGGUAGCCAAAAGUAGUUACUAGCAUUCAUGGCCAGUAUGGUAGUUGUUGCUUGUUGGAGGACAACACCAUAAUGGUCCUUGUUCGAAUGCUGGUAGAGUCCAAGAAAAAAAAGAGCAAUUGAAUUCCCACACGAUUUAAACCUUGAAAUCUGAAAGCAAGUUUCGGCAUAUCAUGGAAGAUCAAAGCCAGAAAAAACCCAGAAUCCUCUGCCUCCAUGGACACGGGAGCAAUGCUGAAAUCCUCAAGCAAUACGUAGUCUUGCGUUGGCCAGAAACUGUAAUACAAAAGCUGGACCUUGUCUUCCUCAACGGAAAAUUUUCAGCACAGGGAAAAUCAGACGUUGAAGGCCAUGAAUGGUUCCACGCUAAUGAGGAUUUCACAGAGUAUACGAACUUCGAAGAAUGUGUAGCAUACAUUGAAGAUUACAUGGUGAAAAAUGGUCCUUUUGAUGGUUUACUUGGAUUCUCUCAGGGAGCAAUUUUAGUUGCUGCAAUGCCAGGAAUGCAAACACAGGGCGUAGCACUUGGGAAGGUAAACAAGAUCAAGUUCCUGAUUGUGAUAUCAGGAGCCAAGUUUGGUGGAAAGAAGUUUGGAAUGCCUGAACUGGCUUCCAAUACAUUUUCAGAACCAAUCGGUUGCCCUUCUCUUCAUUUUAUAGGGGAGAUGGAUUUCGCGAAGCCAGAGGGCAUUGCUUUGCUAGAAGCAUUCGUGGAUCCUGUUGUGAUUCAUCACCCAGGAGGGCAUGAAGUCCCAAAACUUGAUGAUAAUAAUCUUGAAACUAUGCUCAGUUUCGUUGAGACGAUUCAAAGGAUACCAUCGGAUGAUCUCGUCAGGACCUGAAUGAAGACCUUUCUGUUGCCUUUCUGCUAUUCUAAUGAAUCUAUGAAACUUCAUCGAAACCAUAUAAAAUGAUAAUAAUAAUAAUAAUAAUAAAAUUUCCUCAUAAUAAAAUCGCGUAUGUGAAUGCAGCAUCCAUCA